AGCUUAGCAACCGCCUGUGCAGCCCCAGGGGCCAGCCAGAGAAUCUCCAGGGAGUUUAGCCCAUAAUCUGUGCAUCAAACACUAGUCUUCUUCUUGAGCUCUGUGCUCCUGGUCCCUUGGGCAUCUUACUACACUGUGGGGCAGGAGACGUUUCUCUUUGCAGAGGCAAACCUGCCUCCCUCUGUUACCUUUUACAAUUUCAGCAAUCUGUGGGUCCACUGGAGAGGGCUUGUCAAAUCUGUAAGGAGCUAAACGCUGAAAACAACAGGUUCCUAGAGGUGGAAAAAGACCUAGAAGCCUCGAGGAAGCCGUGUGCCAGGACCCCAGGACCCCCUGCUCGUCCCCAGGGUCACCUGAUCCAGAUUGUUGCAGGGGGCGGUGGAUGGAGCCCUGCAGCCCAACACCUGGCGUCCUUGACCUCCUGGCAACAGUAACAGAAGCCUCUCCAGGACCAAGGCAUGAAGGUCGCUGUGUUGGACCUGGGGUCUCUGUUUGCCAAGAUCUUCAAGAUCUCAACAGCGUCCCCGGCGGUCUCCAGCCACCCUGGAGGUGCAGCGGCCACAGGAUCAGUGGACUCCGGAGCCAGCACAUCACUUAGAGAGGCUGAGACCCUGACUUUGCUCCCAUCUCUGCCUCCAGACACCGCAGCCUCACGGGAACCCUUCACCCCUGUUCACACUCCGCUCCCUGCCUCGCACCCCAGGAGUUCGGCAGCCACCCAUAGGGUAGAAGCAGCAGGGUGUCCCGGAUCUCUGCCCAGCAACUCAGGGGCAUCCAUAGCACUGCCCUUAGCCUUCUACAGCGGCUCUGUGUGCUCCUUGGCCUCAGGGGCUUUGCCCAGCUCAGGGGCUUUGCCCAGCUCAGGGGCUGUCUGGGCGACCCUGCCUUCCGUCACCAUUCCCUUGGACAGCAACAGCAACGCAGCCUCAAGUCCACGGAACCCUCGCCAGCUGCCAGCUCCUGGAGAUCCAGAGCCCAGUGUAUGGAUGGCCCCAGGUCCUGUCCCCAAAACUCUGUUUUUUACCUUGCCAGACAUUGGCGAGGAAUGGACCUCGGACAGCGACUCCCAGGAUGACCCAGAAGGAAGGGGACUUUCAGAAGGAAUCAGGAAGCACAACUCUGAAAAGAACAAAUAUCCUUUACCUACAAAUUUUACGAGAAAUGUGCAGAAAGCCAUUGAUAAAUUCUCCAGCGAGUCCCCCUCAUCCUUUUCAUCCAGUGGGAGCCGCACACCCACAGAGGCCCACAAUUCAUGGCCUGACUCUUCCACACAGAGCUCCACCACGGGACUGUCUACGGAGAGGAGCUCAGUUUCUUCGUGGAGAGAUGAUGAAUUUGACAAAGUCAAUGCACAGAAAGUCCAGCAGCUGUUUUGGGAGGUUGAGGAACUGCUAUUUGAAGGGAAAGUGAGUGCCCAGACCCAGAACCUCCUGACUGAAUGCAACGAAUGGGCAAGAAGAUCCCUCCACCUUAGGGUGUUAGGAAGACAGCUCAUCCCACCAACUGAUGAAGGUUUCCAACACUUCCAGGGGAUCCUGCCUAGUUCUGCUAGUCAGAAGCCUCAUGUCCCGAACCACAUCAGCAGCACCAGAGAGCUGUGUAUUUCUGGCUCUCAGAUAGUCCCUGAGGUGCUCUCAGCUUCUGCCCUGACAGACCCCGAUGGCACAGAACAGGACCUCACGUCAUGUUCAUCCCUGAAAGAAGAGGUCUACCACAUGGAUGGAAACAUUGAAGAAUAUUUCGCUUUUGACAGGAAGCAGGAUGGGGAUGAGCAUCUUGAACAAAACCCAACACUCCGUGGCAAGAAGUGGCGUCAACAUGGGCUUCCUCCCAUUUCCCCUGUUGACUGUAUCAGAGAUGCCGUGGCAGCAGAAGUGUUUGAUCACGUUUGGAGCAAUGUUGUAGAAAUCCUGGAAGAUCUCGUUAGAAAAACCUGGGAAUCUGCACUCACAGAUGGAAAAAAGCAUAAGGAAAAGCUGAAAGUGGCUGAGAGUAGAUCUCCACACGUGCUCAUGUCUCGUCUCAACACGGAUGUUUGCAGUGUCCCCCCAUCUCGAAGCUCUGAAACGCUCCAGCCAUCCUUGGCUCCCCACUUUAAUCCACCCCAGUUUCCUCAGCCCCAUCGCUUCUCCAGCAACUUCUACCGUGACUUGAGUGGCGUCAUGACAAUUCAAGCCAAGCCGCUUCAGCAGAGACCCACGUACUUUGCAGAUCGAACACAAAAUGAGCAAGAUGACAAACUGCCUGGGGGAGGGGUUGGAGCAUCUUCCCGGCUCAGACUUGGCCGAGUUCUAGACACCCGGGGACCACAGACUUCUGCCAAGAAGACACCAGUGCAUAGGAGACUGCCUUCAAUUGCUUCAGACCCACAGAGACUGAAAACCCCCACUGUCUACAGUGAUGAAAUUCUGAGAGGAACCAAACUGCAAACUGGCAUCGACCACCUGCCCUCCCCAGCAGCAGCUCAAACCUCCCGGAACCGGUUACCCCCGAUAGGCUCUGAGGCUGGGGAGCAGAACACAGCAGCCUCCGGAUCCCGCCCUGUUUCUUACAGGGGAAGGCACCCACAGAACCGUGUGCUCAGCGCGAUGCCUGACAGCAUGGAAAAGUCACCCCUUCGAGAAAGGACCAUUGUCCUGGAGCAGCCUUCAAGGCCCAGCACGACACAUACAUUCCUGUCAGACACACCGAGAAAAGGCUCCCUGACACCCGUGGAUUUCGCUGCUCACACUUGGACGGGUCAAGGCAUUUUGACAGGUUCACAGUAUCUGCCUAAAUCUUAUCAGAGGGUAACUCUGACUGCAAGAAAGAGGUUCCAAGUGGCAUCGUGAUAUUACUGCUCACAAAUUACGAACUUGCUGGAAGACUUGAAGCCUUGGCCACACCAUUUGUCACAUGAAAAGAAGAGGAACAAGUAUUACCUGGUGUAUAUACUCAUCUCUCUGGCAGCAGGAGAUGCUAGAAUACCUGAAAGGAACACAAGAGAAUAAGUAACUGAGUUUCAAACACUUGAAAAACAUUGCAAAGAGAAUAAAAGUUGAACUCCCUAAUCCUUAUGGGAAGCAUGCCUGAGGCUCCUUGGGCUCCUGUGUAUUGCUUAAAAGAUCCUAAUAUGCCCUUAAAUUCCAUUUUUAUAGUUAAUGUUUGCACACAGAUAAUGUUAGUGCAUUCCCUAAGAAGAUGCCAUUUUUAACUCUAUACCAUCACGCACAUUUCUGUCUCAAUCUUUUAAUGAUUCAUUCCAUCAAAACUAAAUAGGAGUAACAUUUGAGACAAUUUGUCCAUUUGAAAAAAUGAUUCUGGUUCUUCUGUUCAUUGUGCUGACUUUAAAAUAACUGUUGUAUAUUCAAUGUGUAAAGUGAUGGGUUUCAUGAUGACCUUUGUGGUAGACCGAUUUAGCCAUGAAUACCUGAGAGAUGUUUGGUAAGCCAAUUGUGUUAAAAAUGCAAGAGUAAACUGGUUUUUGUUGUCAAAUGUAGGCAGUGCAUCUAAAAGUAUCCCACGUUUAAAGGGGAAUAUAAGAAUAAUUAAAAUCCAUUGCAUAUGGUCCCAACAUUGACAUUUAGGUUGACACGUUUGACAACUGGACAGAGGAAAUUGUAACACCAACGUCCUUACAUACAUCAUCCCGACCUAUCUCUGCCGUGACAUAAUUUCUUCACUACAGCCUCCCUGAGCCCUUGCUGAAGGCAGCAGUCCCCUCUACCCUCUGCCCUUUUCCUACUCUGGAUUCUCCCGACCGUAUGUCCAACCUGACUACUACAGUCAGGGGAGUAAAGAAGACAAAAAUGUCAGUUGGAGGCCAGGCUCCUUUCUGGUACUUAUUCCUGAUUCAUUCUCAUAUACAAACAUCUCAAAUCAGCAUACUUUCCCCCUUUUUAUCAGCUAAUGACAUUACAUCAACAUGAAUCUUAUUAAUCGAAAAGGAAACUUUACUACAUAUGUGUGUGUGUAUAUAUAGCGUUUAAACAUAUGAUAAAUUGUUUUCAGGACAUUUCUUGUUAUAAGAAGUGAGGAUCAUUGUCUACUUAAAGAUGUUUGGAAAUUGACCCCUCUGUGGCGAGAAGAGUUGAACCUGCUCUUUAACAUAGAAUGACAAAUCAGAGGUGACUUCAAACCUUUGUCCUACCUGAUAGUUUCUGCUUCGCGCUCUCCACUCCAGUUUCUGCAGUGGUGGGGCAUGUUAGAGACAUGCUAGGGAGUGGGUAGUGGUCAAGCUGCUGUAUUGAUAACGUUGUUCCAGUUGGCCACUCUAAGGAGGGUAUCUCUCUUUGCCUAGGGAAUGUGCCCAGGGUUGAGUGUCUCACACCAAAGCAUUUGGGGCAUUAUCAUUCAUUUCUCAUCACAAGCUGUGGAAGCACUUCAGAGAAAACAUCAGUCUUCAGGCAGCUGCUCUUGACGUCUGGAUAGAGAGUGGCUGCCAUCCUGUUCACCAGUGCCUGGCUGACGGCUCUGAGGUCCGUUAUCAUUGCUAAGAGAGCUAUCUACUGUGCUCUCACAUCCCACCAGCUCACUUCAUAUCAAUUCCUAGGUGCCAUCCAAUGGUUUCUUCUUCAACCCAAAGUCUGAAAAAGGGGGUAGCUCACAGCACAUCUAACAAUACUCCUAGAUGAAUUAUUAUUCUUUCCAAAGAGCCAUGGAAGUGAUUGAGUGGCAGCUCGGCUGUGUUUGCCUUCAGAGGUCUACAGUUGGAAAUGUAUUCUUUUUUUUUUCUGGAGCUGGGGACCGAACCCAGGGCCUUGCGCUUGCUAAGCAAGCGCUCUACCACUGAGCUAUAUCCCCAACCCUGGAAAUGUAUUCUUUACAUCCACAAAGUAACGGAUUAGAAAUAGUAAACAGGUAGCACAGUUUUUAAUCAUCCAGGCGUUUUGAAUGGAAAGCAAAAUACCGUUAAACGAUAUCUUAAAACCCAGAGGUCUUGCUGAACCUAAAAGAAACCUUCUUCAGAACUUAUUUUCAAGCCUGUAUUAAAGGAAUUUCAUUUAUAGGUGAAGUGGGAUAUGUACCUUAGUAAAUUAUGCUUGUGUGAGGAUGGCGCUGCUUAGACUGGAAAGGGGAAAUAUCAGGGGAUGUGAUUUUACAAUACUCUACUUCCAGAAAUGACUCUUAUUGUAGUCUGGUAAAAAAUUGAAAAUGGAAAAUCACGUCUGAGAAAAAAAUUCAAAUACAGGUUAGUGACUCCAUGAAUUAAAAUACAUUUAAUUUAUCACAAGCCAAAGAAAGAAUGUGGGAAUUUUUAAAAACAAUUCAAGAAAAUAUAAAAUUUAAUGGAAAAUGUCUAGAUUUCUAAGAAAAAAAUCUAUCUAGCUACAUAGAUAGAUAGAUAGAUAGAUAGAUAGAUAGAUAGCGAGAUAUAGAUGAACUAGCUUAUGUCUUUAUAUUUGUGUUAAUUUGAACUUGGAUGGAAUGUCUUUACUAAUCGAGAGGUUCAUUUUUAAUGCCAUAAAUGAUUUCAGUAUAUUUUUUACUAUCAUUGUUUUCUUAUAACAAAGGAUGAUUGUUCAGGAGUUUUAAUCAUUUAAUUUUUAAUAAAAUGUAAAAUAUUAAAAGAA